GUUGAGCCACUGCAAUAUAAUAAUAUUUCGCGCAUGGACAGCGAAUGCAUUUUCGUGGGCUGCAGCUCAGCUGCAAUCUCUCUCGCUGAGCAGUCGACAAAGCCUUUCAAGUAGACGUAAUCAAGUUGGCAAUCACAAAUAUAGCUGGAAUCCUGUCUUUGAUAUUGACGACUCCCAGCUUUGCUCCCCCUGCCUCGUAGCUUUCUUUUGUUCAACGCUCCGACUCGUGGGAGGCUUCAGGACACACGCAAGGCGCGCAUAAUGCACAAGUGCAACUGCGUGUACAGCGCUGGUGCUGCGCCGACGCACCUGCCGGGCAAGCAAGUGCGGCUACGUACCGCGGUGAGGGCGGGUGCGCUGUACACGCGCCCGGCACGCCACCACCGGUCAGUCCUGGAGCGCAAGCUCAACAAGGUGCUCACAAACCAGGGCAAAAUGCAGAAGGACAUCGGCGAAAUGCAGAAGGACAUCUCGCAGCUGAAGCAGGACAUGGCAGUGAACAAGGCGUUGGUCGCUGUCAACCUGACGCCGGUGGCGUCACUGGUGCUGGGAGUGCUGUACAUUAUGUACACCAACUUCAAGGUCUCGGGCGGCGGCUGAAGCAGCAACGCUGCGUGAAAUCAAUGGAAAUAGGUCAGGGUUGAAUUUGGUUGGUUAAGUGAAUGUGUUUUGUAGGGCUGAACUGCAUGCACGCUGGCAUGGCAGCCUGCGUGACCACUUAGUGCUGCAUGGGCACCCCCUUGCACGCGGCAGGGGCUGACCGCUAGGCUCUCACUUAGCAGGGGAAAGGCGCGGGGAAAGGCGCGGGGAAAGCAAACACGAGAUGCUGGUUAGUCCUACAGUAUUGCCAAAAACGCUCAGGUAGUAGAGGCUGCUGCAAGGGUUUCUUGUAGAAUGUCGUGUUCUGGUUGUACAAAUUAUUGCAGGAAGAUGUGACUGACAAGAGUAUGAGUUUAUAAAGCAGAAACGGGAAGUUGACGCACAGCUCCUGUGGGAAGGACGAUGUAAGCGAUGUUUACAGGGAUAGUAGGCUGUUGCGUAAGCGUGAGCCGGCUAGUGGUUUGACAGACUAGGGCAUUAGCGCUGGGUAGGAAGUGGCAAAAGGCGGUUUGGUGCUGUUACUUGCACUGCCUGUAUUGCUGUUACGUGUGCCAGUUAUGAAUGCGGAUGUUACAGAGGGGACAGUCCCAGCACCCGAAGACGCCGAGCCAUCACAUGCUAUCAGGGCCCAACUUGACUCCACCAACCCUUUGCUGCAAACCCUCCCGCGGUCAAAGUCCGUGUGACUCCGCGCACAGUGAGUCCUAGCCAAGCCUCAACCCGCCAGAGCCCCACAGCUGUGCCUUAACGCCAGUUAUGCGGUAAACACGUGUCUGUCCCUGUGUGUGUGUAUUUGUGUGAAAGUGUAGGGGUACGAAAGGUACUUUAUCGUGUUCGUUGUUAAUGCAAGGGGCGAUGUAGAGGGGUUUUACAGGGAUAGAAGGUGUUGUGUCGCAGUUAGUCAGUUAGGUUCUGUCCGCGCAGCCGCUCCCAGCAUGGCGAGCACAAGCAGUUGUGCACAGGGCUCCUAUCUUAAUGUCUCCAG